UAUUUCCUCUCUAUAGAUGAAGAAACUGAGGCAGACAGUGCAGGAACACACCCAGCAUCCCACAGCAGGGAUGUUUCUUUCUGAGGCCAGAUUUGUACUCAGCCGGCACCCCCUAGUGGCCUCUUCAGCAGGCAUCGACCGGCCCAGAGUGACCCCCUGCCCGUUCCCAAAGCUCACCAUCCCCGAUGGCUCUGGCCCCGCCAUCUGAGGACACGGCUCCAGCGGGCAGCUGUGCGCCAGAGAGAGAGCAGAGUCCUGUAUUCACCCCGAAGAAGGAAGAGAGCAGGUGGUGAGCCCCCAUCUCCUCUGGUCGGCGUGGCUGAUGGAUGAGCCUGCUUCUCUGCCUCCUUUUAGAGGGAAUGAGGGCCGUGGACUGGUAGCCUACUCCUGAGGACUGAGGGCCUGAGGCGCGGGGGACUGGAGCCAUGUCCUCCAGACGGACCGAGAGCCGUGGCCAGUGGGACUGGGGCUGCCCAGAGACCCGGAGCCAGCUGGAGGAGGCCUUCUUCGGGGACCAAGACGUCAUCCGCCGGGGUUCUGAGGAUUGCCACAAGUUCUGGGCCUUUUUUGAGCGCCUGCAGGCCUUCCAGAAGCCUAAGCCAAGCCCCGAGGUCAAGCGGCCAGCCGAGGGACCCAGAUGCCCGGCCCUGGCCGACCUCCCUGCCACUUAUGACCCACGCUACCGCAUCAACCUGGCCUUGCUGAGCAGUGAGGGUGAGCCGGGCCUGGGGCCCCGGGGGGCCCACAGUCGGCUGCCCCAUGAUCGGCUGGCCGAGUUCCGCCAGGCAGUCCUGCACUACCUGGACUUUGGCCAGAAGCAGUCUUUUGGGAAGCUGGCCAAGUUGCAGCGGGAGCGGGCAGCCCUGCCCAUGGCCCGGUACAGGCGGCACCUGCUGCAGGCUCUCAGGGAGCACCAGGUGGUGGUUGUGGCCGGUGACACUGGCUGUGGCAAGUCUACGCAGGUGCCCCAGUACCUGCUGGCCGCCGGCUUCAGCCACGUGGCCUGCACCCAGCCCCGGAGAAUCGCGUGCAUCUCUCUGGCCAAGCGUGUCGGCUUUGAGAGCCUCAGCCAGUAUGGAUCCCAGGUGGGCUACCAGAUCCGCUUUGAGAGCACGCGAUCGCCAGCCACCAAGAUCGUGUUCCUGACGGAGGGCCUCCUGCUCCGCCAGAUCCAGCAAGAUCCGGGCCUGCCCCAGUACCAGGUGCUCAUCGUGGAUGAGGUCCAUGAGCGCCACCUCCACAGCGACUUCCUGUUGGGCGUCCUCCGGCGGCUGCUGCCUGCCCGCCCAGACCUCAAGCUCGUCCUCAUGUCGGCCACCAUCAACAUCAGCCUCUUCUCCAGCUACUUCAGCCACGCGCCCGUGGUGCAGGUGCCCGGGAGGCUGUUCCCCAUCACGGUCAUUUACCAGCCAGUCCCAAAGGAGGAGGUGCCAACAUCCAAGACGGAGAGGUUGGACCCGCGGCCAUUCUUACGUGUGCUGCAGGCCAUUGACCACAAGUACCCACCGGAGGAGCGUGGUGACCUGCUGGUAUUCCUCAGUGGCAUGGCAGAGAUCGGUGCAGUGCUUGAGGCCUUCCAGCCGUAUGCUGCCCACACUAAGCGCUGGGUGGUACUCCCCCUGCACAGUGCCCUCUCCAUCGCGGACCAGGACAAGGUGUUUGAUGUGGCUCCUCCUGGGGUACGAAAAUGUAUCCUGUCCACCAACAUCGCGGAGACGUCAGUGACCAUUGACGGUGUCCGAUUCGUGCUUGAUUCUGGGAAAGUGAAGGAGAUGAGCUUUGACCCCAAGGCCAAGCUGCAGCGGCUCCAGGAGUUCUGGAUCAGCCGGGCCAGCGCCGAGCAGCGGAAGGGCCGUGCUGGCCGCACGGGACCGGGCGUGUGCUACCGCCUCUAUGCCGAGUCCGACUACGACGACUUUGCCCCUUAUCCCGUCCCGGAGAUCCAGAGGGUGGCCCUGGAUGCCCUGGUGCUGCAGAUGAAGAGUAUGGGGCUGGGCAACCCCCGCAGCUUCCCCUUCAUAGAGCCCCCGCCUGCCACCAGCCUGGAAACAGCCAUUGUCUACUUGCGGGACCAGGGCGCUCUGGAUGCCUCGGAGCACCUCACACCCAUAGGAACCCUGCUUUCUCAGCUUCCUGUGGAUGUGGUGAUAGGAAAGAUCCUGAUCCUUGGCUGCCUAUUUGACCUGGUGGAGCCUGUACUGACAAUGGCAGCGGCCCUGAGUGUCCAGUCCCCCUUCGUGCGGAGCGCUCAAAACAACCUAGAGUGUGGGACAGCCCGGAAGCCCCUGGAGAGCGACCACGGGGACCCCUUCACCCUGCUCAAUGCCUUCAAUGCCUGGGUGCAGGUGAAAUCAGACCGGAGUGCCAACUCCAGGAAGUGGUGCCGCCGCCGGGGCCUCGAGGAGCAUCGCAUGUAUGAGAUCGCCAACCUGCGCCGGCAGUUCAAGGGGCUGUUGCAGGACCACGGGCUGCUGGCUGAGGCCAGGGCGGCACCAGGGGACAGCUACAGCCGCCAGCAGCAGCACCGCCGGCGCCGGGAGCUGUACCAGCUGAAGCGCCAGCACGAGGAGGGCGAGGGCCGGAAGCGGAAGGUGCUGCGGCUGGAGGCCCUGGAAGGUGGCUCUUCAAGUGAGGAGGAUUCAGAGGCGUCCAGCUCGCGGGCCGGGAAUGGUGCCCACCGCGUGGACAUCCAGGACGUCAAGUUCAAACUUCGCCACGAUGUGGACCAGCUGCAGGCCGCUGCCAGCUCUGCCCAGGACCUGUCCCGGGACCAGCUAGAGCUGCUGAAGCUUGUGCUGGGCCGAGGCCUCUACCCCCAGCUGGCUGCCCCCGACCAGUUCAACAGCUGCCGGAAGGACUCGGACCAGUUCUUUCACACCCAGAGUAAGCAGGGGGCCGUCCUCCACCCCACCUGUGUGUUCGCCAACAAUCCAGACCUGCUGCAGGGAGGCCAGGCUGAGGCCCCAGGGAAGAGCCGCGAUCACAGAGAUGGGAUGAGCAGCCGGCACCAGCUCCUGGCCUUUGUCUCUCUCCUGGAGACCAACAAGCCCUACCUGGUGAACUGUGUGCGCCUGCCAGCACUGCAGGCUCUCCUGCUUUUUAGCCGUAACCUGGACACGAGUGGCGACUGCUCCCGCCUGGUGGCGGACGGCUGGCUGCAGCUUCAGCUGGAGGACGGCGAGGGCGCCACACGGCUCCUGUCAGCCUCCCUACGCCUCCGGGCCCGAUGGGAAGAGGCUCUGGACAGGCAGCUGGCCCGUCAGGCCCAGCCACGAGGCGAGAACGGGGCAGCCGUGGCUCCCAAGAUGGAGAGGAAGGUGGCGGCGGCAUUGGGCCGGGACCUGCUGGACUUCAUGAGAUCCAAGGUAUCUUACAGCAUCUACAGGCUGACCGCCCUGGAGGCUCAGAACCUCUAUGUGGGACCCCAGACCGUCACAGCUGCCCCCCAGCUCCCAGGCCUUUUUGGGGAGGCAGCCUUGACCCCCCAUGAAACCAAGGGUGGCUACACUGUAACAAGCUUUCUUACCUACAACUGUCUCACGAGUGACGCAGACUUGUACAGUGACUGCCUGCGGACCUUCUGGUCCUGCCCGCACUGUGGCCUCCACAUGCCCUUCACCCCCCUGGAGCGGAUGAGUCACGAGAACACUUGCCAGGCGGCCCCUGACGAGGAUGCCCAUGGGGCCACUGAGGAGGAGGCCGACUCUGGCCGCCAGUUAUCCACUCUGCGGCGGGCCUACCACUGUGAGAGCUGCCAGAAGGAUUUGUUGCUCACGCCCACAGAGAUCCUCCGGCACCGCAGACUGCACGUGUGAGCCCCCCAGGUGCUGCCAGCCCACGCUGUUUGGGGGCCCACAGCUGGAGCUGCCUGCGGGCCUGUGUGCCUGGUGCUGGGGCUGGCUGUGCCAGGGGCAGUUUGUGCUCUGUGAAUAAAGUGGGCCUCCGCCA